AAGACAGACAGUGAACACAUCUACACGGAUAUUCACCACAGACACUUCUGGAGAGAGAAGACAAGAUGGAAAACCAGGAUUCAUCAGAAGAAUCUAGAGAACUGACUUACAGAAAGCUGGAUGUUCCCAUCAUUACAUCAGAGGCCCUCGAACCAAUAGUUAAUGUAUUUCUAAGUGCUAUCACAGAUGAUCAGUGGGUGCUUUUGGCAGAUGACCACAUUGAUUUUGAAACAUUUACUCUGCUAUAUGAUAUGUGCCAUGAGGUCACAAAUGUCAUCACUACCUGGAUCUUGGAUGUCGUGGAACCUCAGAUUAAAAACUGGAUAUCUACCGCUACUGCCCAAGACCAUAACAUGAGGCAUCACGAUUAUUACAGUCUGACAGAGGAUAAUGUCAAAGCCAGCAUUGGAAAUUCUUUUGAUCGCUGUUUCGGCGCGGUAACAGGAAUCCCACAGGAGAGAUCCAACGAGUCAGUAAUACUACUGGAGAUGAUUGCAGCAGAGGUGAAGAAGAGGGUGAACGAGUCAUUUGCUGGACUCAUCAGUUCAGCUGGACAGUCAGCAUCUUGCCCACAGAUAGAGUCUACUGAGUCAAAUGAAUCUCAUGAUUCUGAUACUACUCAAAUGGUUUACCAGGCAGGCAGUAUAUUGAAGUUCUUGUUGAAAAAGGAUACUGAGUCAUCAAAAGAUCAAGAAAAUCCCUGUGCAGUUACCAGUGAGGAUUGCUGUCCAAGCAAGGUAGCAAAUAUUGAACACUCAAGCCCACAUGACUUGGACCCAAAGGAACCAGGCCCAGAGGACACUAAAAUGUGUCCUGUACCAAAGAUGCAAAGUUCAGGUCAUCAGGUUCUUUGUCCUGCCAAAGGUACAGAGAAAGGAAGUAUGGAGGAUGAGAAAUAUAUGGAAGAUGUGAGUCUGGAAGAAUUCAGACCCACAUCCCCAAAGUCUACUGGAAGCUUCCAACAGGUUUCCUUGGCAUCCAGUGAUACAGCUUCUGAAGGAGGUGGUACCAGCCCAACACAAGAGCAGAGGUUGAAAAAGUCAGGAAAAAACUGGAGCUUUGGACACAAACUGAGGACAUUUUUCAACAGAAAUACGAAUAAAGUCACCCCAGCCUGUGACCUUAACACAUCAGAGUCUCACUCUUGGGCAGAGGAUGCUACAAUAAUGUGCCCUGUACCAAACAUGCAAAGAUCAGAUAGUGAAGAGACUGUUACUAACUCUUCAAGUGAGCAGCUGAACAAUUCUUCCCCAAAAAACAGGAGCUUUGGACACAAAUUGAGGACAUUUUUCAACAGUAAAACAAACAAAGUUACUCCAGGAAGUGACCUUAACACAUCUGAGGGUCAAGGAAGUCUCUGCAGAGUUUCCAGGAAUUCUUUAUGUGCAGAUGAAAUCACAGAAGUUGAAGAGUCUUGCUCAGAAGACCCACUUACUCCACUAUGUGAUAAUGGAUCAAUGCAAUCCAGCAAGCAGCCUGCCAUCAUGAGGAUUUUGUCUUCCACGGGCAAGAUUCUGAUGAAGCCAUUCACUUGCUGCUGGUGCUGAGUGAUGAGGUACAUGGUGAUGAGAAAA